ACUGCCCAGGCCUCUGAGGAAGGAGGGUCCAGGCUGCCUCCACAUGCCACCUGUGCAGAGACCUCCUCCAUACCCAGUGGGGGCAGAAGCAAGCCAAGUUGUGGUUGCCGUCCUCAAGGACCUAGGUAGCAGCCCUUAGCAAAAGCAAAAUAAUGGGAAGGUGCUAGCAAAUCACCCUGCGAAAUGAUGGAUCAUCUUUACUCUUGCUUUCUUGUCUUUAACAAAAAUGUACUUCUUUGUCAUCUCUAUGAAAAUGUGGCUCAGUUACAAUUUUACCUCAGAAAAUGAAUAUGGAGUGUGUGAUGUGAGUAAAAAGGAAAGACAUGAAGGGCAAAAGGGAAUGGAGUGAGGGGGAGGAAAGAGGUCAGGACAACAUGGAAAUGAAAGAAGAAGGCCAACAGUCUUAAGGAAGUCGGAGCUCUGUGGAGCCAGGUGCUCACACACACGCCACAGCCAGAUUGUCGCCCUGUGAGAACGAGAACGGGCAGAGGGCUCUGAGCAGGCCGGCGUGUGCUUGUAGGUGCGUGUUGGCAACGGACACAGCCACGUCAGACCGCCCAACACACGCCAGCUCCGUCACCCAUGAGGGGGCUGCGGCCGUCUCCGAGGAGCCUCUCCGGCCAAACGGACCAACCUGAAGAAACCGAACUCGGAACGCGGGCCCAGGGCACGGGCCGCUGGCGCUGCUCCUCGAUGCUUCUCUGGAAGGGCUUCGACCUGGUGCCAAGGAUCCUCUGUGAGGGGGAAGACCCUCGCCAGCCCAACGCCGAAGGGAUCCGCCCCGCACAGCGCCGCCCGCGCCGCCCGCGCCGCCCGCCACCGCUGCCUGAAGUGCCUGCGGGACUCCGGGGUCCACGUGCACGCGGCGGACAGCGACGGCUGGCGACGGCGUCCGCGUCUGCAAACAGCUGGAGGCGAGCGGCGCCGCCAUUUUUGCGUCCACCGGCAGCGACAUCGAGACUGCCGCGGACGAGUGUGAGGACACGGAGGAAGGCGACCCCCGGGGCUCCCAGCUCCGGCCAUCCCAGAAAACAGUGACAACUCCAUUUCAAGAUAUCUCUAAGAAGAAAUCAAGAAAGAAGUGUAAAUAAUGUUCAGUGAAGACAAGGGUUGGGGAGAAGAGAGGAGAAUAUAAGUUUCUCUGCCCCCUUUCUUUAUAGAUGAGACCAAAUGGAAGACGACGAAGAUCCUUUCCCUGUGAGCUGACUGACACCCCAGGCAGGCUUCCUAGAGCCACACAGCAACAUCAGAACACACAGAAGAUCAAGAAGACAGAUUCUGACAUUUGAGUUGUCCCCAACUCCUCCUCACUCCUCCUGCCACACGUACUCUCUCGGGCCUGUAAUAUUCUCUUCAGUGACUACUGUACUACAGCCACACUAAUUUAUUCAGUGUACUCCAACUGUCCAUGUUUUCCCUCCCACAUCCCUCUUUCUCUGCCUAGCAAACUCUUAUUCAUCCUUCAAAGCCCAACUUGAAUGUUACGUCUUUUAAAACUGUCCUCCAGGGAUUCUCUGGACUCUGAGCUUCCAUGGUACUGGAUAAACAUCCCUCUGUAACACUUUUCACACUGUGCCAUCUCCGGAGCUUUUGCUGCAUUUGUGUUCUCACCAGAUGAUAGUUCCUGGAAAGCCUGUCUGUCCAAGGAAGCUUUGUCUCCCAGCCCUGGCCCAGCAUCUGCACAAUAGUAAGCGCUCAACAAGCGCUUGCUGAAAUUUUGCAAACGAAGGCUGACCUCUCCUAGAACGAAGGCCUGAGACUCCAAGAGUGGCUGAGCACAUUCAAGAAAAAUUUAUCGAAACUUUCUCUCAUGUGAUGACUGAUGACUUGAAGGAAUCAUUCGUAAUACGAUCAGGCUAAUAAAAGAGGCCCUUUUGGUAGAAGUGCUUAGAGAACCUCUAGUUAUGAGUUCUUUUUGAUAAAUAGUGCAGAAAAAAGCCCUUUCCUAUUUCUGUUCCGGUUGCUCCCUUGCAGUGCAGAUGAUGAAGAGCAUUAUUUUGAUCUUUAUUUCGUGGCAAAUAGUGUAGAGGGAGAUGGCCCCGAGUUCGCCUGUAUUAGCUUAAGAGGGCUGCUACAGCAGGGGACCACAGGCUGAGAGGCUUAAACAAAACAAAUUUAUAGUCUCACAGUUCUAGAGGCUACAAGUUCAAGAUCAAGGUGUGGGCAGGGUCAUUUCUUCUGAGGGCUGUGAGGGCAUCUGUUCUCUGCCUCUCCCCCGGCUUCUGGUGUUCCUUGGCCUAUAGGAUCAUCACCCCAAUCUCUGCUUUCAUGUUCACAUGGUGUUUUCCCUAUGUGUGUGUCGGCCUUCAAUUUCCUCCUUUUUGUGAGGACCCCAGUCAUGUAAGAUGCAGGCCUA